AAUUUGUAAAGGGAGGCGAGAAAGAAAAAAAAAAGAAAGCCUAUUCUCGCUCUCCCGCUUCUUCUCUCCAACGCCGUCGUUUUCUCUUCUUCCUUCAACAACCACUUCAUCGCUCUUCUAGGGUUUCUCUUUUCCUUCCUCAUUCAAUCCAACUUGCGAUACGGAACUGUUAUUAGGUUUGCUGGGAGAAGAGGAAUUCUGGACUUACUUUGAUCGUGAGAUAUUUUGUUGGAAUUGAAGUUGAAGCUUUUGUUUGAUUGCCACUUUCGAGUGUAGUGAUAAUGGCCAAGAGUAGAAAUUCUGGGGGAUAUUGUGGUAAUGCGGUUGAAACAGGUGGUUUAUCGGAUGGGUCUGGUACGUCGGGGAGAAUGGAUACCGAAAUGACUGUUUCGGAGGAUGAUACUCGGGUUUCGGGAAGGAAAUAUGGUAGUUUGAAUUCGGGUCGUUGUGGUGCGUAUGGUGUUCCUAUGCAAGUUGUUCCUUUGUCAAAAUUGUCGGCUCGUCAAAGAAAAGAUCUGGAGUAUCGGUUGAAGUCUGAGCUUGAAAGGGUUCGGGAUUUUCAAAAGAAAUUUGAAAUGCAAAAGAGAAAUGGUGUUGCAUUGUCGUCUGCGAGUGAUAGUAAUAUCAACUGUAACAAUGGUCAAAAUAGGCUUCAAAUAGACAACUCGAGAAAACCAUCGAUAUCUGGUUCAGUACCAGGAAAUGCAUCGAGACCAGUGAUGGAGACCUCGAGGACACUAUCAAAAUCAGGUUCAGUAAAUAAAUUGAAAUCAUUAGAUACUAGUCAUAAGCCUCGUGGGUUCAAUAGGGGCUCUUCUGGGAAGUUUGAGACCCCGGCGCGAAGUCGUUUGCCUGGAACUGUAAAUGCUUUGUUGAUGAAAGAUUGUGAGUCACUGUUGAAAAAGUUGAUGGAUCACCAAUAUGGUUGGGUUUUUAACACCCCUGUGGAUGUAGUUAAGUUGAAUCUUCCAGAUUAUUUCACAGUCAUUAAGCAUCCUAUGGAUUUGGGAACAAUAAAAGGCAAGCUCGCUACAAGAUCAUACACAAGUCCAUUGGAAUUUGCUAGUGACAUCAGACUUACAUUUUCAAACGCAAUGACUUAUAAUCCAUCCAACAAUGAUGCCCAUAUCAUGGCUGUUACCCUUAAUAAAUUUUUUGAAACGAGAUGGAAAUCAAUCGAAAAGAAACUUCCUAGAGAAGAUUCUUCGUUGUUGCCCAUGAAGACAAACACUCGUGAAGAUGUAAAAAAUGCCAGACCAAUGCCUCCUUCUAAAAAGAGGAAAAUUGCCUCACCACCUCUUCAACCUGAAAUUAUCCCGUCUCCUCAACCUGAAGUUAUCCCCCCACCUGCACAACCUGAAGUUAUUGUACCUGCUCAACCUGAAGUUAUAACACCUGCUAAACGGGUUAUGUCAACUAAAGAGAAGCAAAAUAUUGGUAGCGAAUUGGAAGCUUUUGAUGGAGAUAUACCUGCCAACAUCCUUGAUUUUUUGAGACAACAUAGUUCAAAUGGUAAAGAUUGUGAAGAUGAGCUUGAGAUUGAUAUUGAUGGUCUCAGUGAUGAUAUACUGUUCAAAUUACGAAAGCUUUUGGAUGACUCUUUAAUGGAGAAGCAAAAAAACGAAGCAAAAGUUGAAGCAUGUGAAAUAGAGAUUUUGAAUGAUUCUGGACCAAGCAAUUCGUCAUUGCAAGCAUUUAAAGAUAAUGAUCCGGCUGAUGAAGAGGUGGACAUUUGUGGAAUAGACUCCCCUGUCUCAAGCCAUCCUCCUGUAGUGAUUGAAAAGGAUACAACCUACCAAACGAGCAAAUGUUCAAGUCCAGGGAGCAGUGAUUCAGACUCUAGUUGUUCUUCUGAUAGUGAAUCUGAUGAUGAAUCAAGACCAGAGGAUUUAUCAAAGGUACCAGAAAACAUUGCCACUGGUGCUCAGAUGGAUUUAAAGACCACGGCUGCUGCUGCUCGUACUUCUGAAAUAAGUCAGUCAGUUAAUGGCUUGGAUAAACUGGAUGAUAAAUCUCAGCAAAAACCAAAUUCUUGCGACUCUGACAGCUUUCAAGAUGGAGGGUGCGGUGCAACUGAAAGACAGGUCUCCCCCGAUAAACUUUAUCGAGCUGCAUUAUUGAAGAGUCGAUUUGCUGAUACUAUCUUGAAAGCUCAAGAAAAGACACAGUCCCAGGGUGUGAAGGGAGAUCCUGAGAAAAUGCGGCGGGAUAAGGAAAAACUGGAGAUAGAGAGGCGGAAAGAAAAGGCAAGGCUACAAGCAGAAGCAAAGGCAGCUGAAGCAGCUAGAAAGCGGGCAGAAGAAGCUGCUGCUGCGGAAGCCAGACGAAAGAGGGAGCUUGAUCGAGAAGCUGCAAGACAAGCACUGCUACAGAUGGAAAAAACUGUGGAAAUCAAUGAGAAUUCUCAAUUUCUGGAAGAUUUGGAAAUGCUUAGAGUUGUACCUGCUGAGCAAUUACCAUGCUCUGUAGACGAGACAAGUCCCGGUCACUCUCAAGAUGGCAUGGGUGGUUUCAAGUUUGGUGGUAGUAAUCCCUUGGAACAACUAGGAUUGUAUAUUAAAGAUGAUUAUGAAGAGGAGGAAGCAGAUCCACUUUGUGUUCCAAAUCCUGUAAAUGAUGUAGAAGAGGGGGAGAUUGAUUAAGAUUUUCUUAUUCUGUAUCUUGAAUCAAGUAGCAAAUUAUAAAUAUUUUGAUCUCAAUUAUAGUCUAAGUCAUCGUAAUUCCGCAAUUCACAAAUGAGAGAAGCCAAGAUAUUUUCUUGUGACAACCAUUCAGAUUUUAGAAUUUAGAUCGACAAUAUAAUAUAUUUUUGGA